CUAGUAUCACUUGAACAUCAUUCGCGUCGCGUCGCAACGCUGUAGUAGACCGCUGAUUGAGCGAGAGAGAGAAACACAGUUCAAGGUUACUCGUGUUUUUGUCAAAUUUCUUCCAUCAGCAACAGAAUGGAAUCCCUCUCCCGGGUUCUUCAACCGUACAAGCAAUUGGUGGGCGAUGUGGCCGGAAUAGUGACCGUGUUGCAGAUGUUCAGCGGAUGCUUCGUGUGCAACGACAUCCGCAAAAAGGGCAGUUCGAACGGGUUCUCACCCAUGCCAUUCAUCGGCGGUUGCGGGCUAACCAUACUCUUUUCACAGCAUGCCCUUCUGAUGGGCGAUCUGGCUAUGAUACGGGCUAACGUGGUUGGUUUGGCCAUAAGCGUCGUCUACACCGGGUUCUACUAUUUGUAUACGCCGAAGCAAAGCCGGGGUCAGUUUUGGAAACAGGUUGGAAUAGCGGUGGCGAUCACCACGUCUCUGUUGGCUUAUGCGCAGUGGGAGGAUCCCGCACUGGUGGAGGAUCGCUUCGGAUUGAUCAUCACCGUGAUGCUGUUGACAUUGAUUGCGCAACCUUUGUUUGGACUGCCGGAAAUAAUGCGUAAAAAAAGCACCGAGGGAUUGCCUUUUGCGAUGAUUUUGUCUGGUACCGUGGUCGGGUCCAUGUGGCUGUUGUAUGGUAUUAUACUCAACAAUACGUUUGUGGUGCUGCAAAACUUGGCAGGCGUUGUACUGAGUGCAAUCCAGUUGGCGCUGUUCGUGAUAUACCCUUCGAAGGAUUCGAAGGAAAAGAAGCAGUGAGAUUUGUUUGGCUACUCGCAGUAUUAUUACAUUGUAAAAGAUGUUGCCAUUGUUUUACACGAUAUCAAAGAUACGAUCGAUACAGGGUUUAAAAUAAAUAAUGUAGGCACUAGGGUUAACCCAUUAUAACCCAGGGGUUCAAAAAGUGAGCCAAAUGCAGUGAUAUCUUCAAUUCCACCAAAAAAUGUAUCAAAGAUUAUGGGAAAAAUAAAAUCACCGCUAAAAAUGGUUUUGAGAAUGAAAAUAUCUCGCGCAAAAAAUUUUGCACGCUUAAAUAAAAACAACAAAUUUUAAGUUGUUUGACAUAUUUCUUCGGAUUUUCUGAUAGACAGCACUUCUUUUACACCUGUAGGAGCGUUUUGUCACAUAAUGGAAUUAUUAGCACGAAUUCCAACAAUAAAAUUCAAUUAAAUGUAUUGCUUACUUUUCAGCCGCCAUUUGCCCCAACUAUACACGGUUCAAAAAUGUAAACAAAAUUAUAAAAAAUGGCAGUUGUCUUGUUUCACAAUGAAAUAUGAAAUGCAAUGAUCCCAUUAGCGCAAUAAUAAAGCAGUUAGAUGCCAAAAUUCUGCAGUAAAUACGCGUCAAACGAUUGAUAGUUCUGCGUAUGAAAUUUCAUACGCUAGGAUAUAAUGGGUUAAUGAUAUAAAAAUCUUCGAUAAUGAAAAAUGCACUGUCCAACAGUAUGUUUACACUCAAUUCGGCUCGGCAAUUUCCCAACAGCUGUGUCAUCAGAAGAUUUAGAAACUGAUAUCUCAGUAAAGUGAGAUUUGUUAGCUGAUUUUCGGUGAACAUUUUUUUCCGAGUAUCAGCUAUGAAACGUCGCUUUUAUUGAGAUCUCAGCCAAAAAAUUGUUUACUGAGAUCACAACUGUUGAGAUUUCGGCAAAAGAUGCGAUAAAAGCUGAGAUUUGGCAGAAAAAAAUUAAGUAUGUUCACUUUAAAUUGUAUUGGACGCAAAAACAACAGAAAGAAAAUUCAAAGCUAAGAUGGUCUGUUUUAUCGUAUUUCUCAAGCGAGCCAAUAGCAAUAUUUUGGUGUCAAACACCUUGGUAAAAUUAGGCAAUAAUAAAAAUAUUAGAAAACUUUA